CCAUGGAGGAGACCCCGAGCGUGAAGCUGCCGUCUUCCAACGGGCCACGCCCCCACCGCUGCGAGGUGUGCCAGAGGUCAUUCCGUGAGGUCGCCACCCUCCGAAAACACGAGCAGCUCCACCGCGCCGACCGGCCUUACGUCUGCCAGACGUGCGGCAAGUCCUUCCUCUGGUCCUCCAAUCUCAAGGUUCAUGAACGGGUUCACACGGGCGAGCGGCCGUACAAGUGCAAGAUCUGUCACCGAUGCUUCACACAGUCCAACGACCUGCGCCGUCACGAGAGAAACGUGCACAUGCGCGGGAAAAUCUACGGGUACAAAACAGCGGGAAGACACAACAGCCAGGUGACGCCCCCAGCCACGCCCGGCGAGAUGGAGAGCAACGGUCGGGACAAGCGGCCAGGGAUGGCGGCCCACGGGUCCCCACACCAGCUGGAGAGCGCGGGCCUCCAUUCCCCCGUGCGCGGGGCGCCGCCCAUGCCUCACGGCCUGCCGCUGGGGUCUGUCGCGGGGAUUCAGUCGCCCACCGGGCUCCUCGCAGGCCCUUACUCCGCCGUCAAGCCUCACAGCCGUGCACCGGCCACCCUGCCCUCGUUCAGCAGCUUCCGGCCCAUGCAGCGCUCCCUGGAGGGUCUCCAGGCCAUGUCUCUGGCGGGGCGGCACCUCCACGCCGGGCCACGCCCCCACCACCCUAUGGGCGACGCCCACUCCGCUCUACCUCACCACAGUCUCAGGCUCACUCAGGAAAUGAUGCAGCUGCACCAUCACCAACUACAGCACAACAACAACAAUAAUAAUAGUAGUAGUAAUAAUAAUAAUAACAACAGUAACAGUAACAACAACAAUAAUAACAACGGAAUCAGUGGCAGCGGAGGGAGCAGUAACGGAGGAGGGAACAGCAUCAGCAGCAACGGCGGCCUCCGGGGCACGCCCCCUGACCUUUCACCCCACGGGGAGAGAGAGAAGGACCUGGAUCAUAGUCGGGAUAGAGAGAUGGACGAUGAGGAGGCGAGGCACCGAGGCGAGGACAAUUGUGUUCGGGAUUACAGCAGGGAUCUGGAGCGGGGCGAGCUGGCGGAGCGCUCUAUGUCGCGGGAAGAUGCCGUGACCGCCGGCGGCGGCGUCAGGGAUUACGACGAUCAGGAGCGCGGAGACGAGAGAGAUCCUCAGCGCAGCACGCCGCAGUCCCGCGGGCCACCCUCCCACCUCCCACACGAGCAGCGAGCCAGCUCGGCGGACAACUACCGCCACCAUGCCUACACGGGCACGCCCCCAGACCACGCCUCCGCCUACGCGCAGCUUCAUCACCACGCCGCGGCCGCCGGCGGGCUGGUCAACGCGCUGGGAGGCGGCGGCAUCGGAGGAGGAAGCCACGUUCCUUCUGCCGCGCGCGCGCUAUCAGUCUCCGCCCUCGAGGACGGCCGUCUGCUGGGGGUCGGGGUUGGGAAAACCUCCACCGCCUCGUCAUCGUCUACCUCCUCCGCCACUGUUGGGUACCCAUGCGACUCGGUGAUGGACCUGAGCAUCAACAAAUCCUCCAACUCUCCGCCGUCGCGCGCGUCAAGCACCGCGUCCUCUAGCGCGGCGGACAAAGAUAUGGGCGGGCUCGGCCUGUCGGGGAUGAACAUGCCGCCGCCCAAGACGCCCACUUCCGUCGGGGCCGAAUCCGAGUCGGAGCCGGGCAAGCGUGACGUCACCACCACGUCCGGCACGCCCCCGGCCGACAGCGGCGGGAUCCACCAUUGCCAACACUGCAACAUCUUCUUCUACGACUACACCAUGUUCCACCUGCACGAGUCGCUGCACAUGCCGUACGAGGACCACCCGUUCCGCUGCCCGAGCUGUGGCACUCACUGCCAGGAUAAGAUCGAGUUCAUGUUCCAUACAGUCUGGCACGUCAAGUACCCGCACACGAUACCCAACUACACACCCUUCCGAGAGGGAUUCCUCUCCUCGCCUUGAUGAUGCUUCAGCAAGGCAGGGGAGUGACGUCAGCGGCCGAUGACGUCAGACGAGCGACACGACACCUCUAUCUGGAGCGGCCGGACCAGGGAGACCAAAGGAUACCUCAGCUUCUUGCCAUAACCUGCAGCGUGAGACUAAACCAAACCCCCGUCAAUUGUGUGUGUGUGUUUGUUUGUUUGUCUGUUUGUGUGUUUGUUUGUGUGUGUGUGUGUGUCUGUGUGAGCACAACACACUCGCAAAAACACACCGGUAUUUCCUCGCUGCUGUGUCUUGGUUUAUCACUCCCAAACACACGCACAUACAUACAGACGAAAAGGUGAAUGAUAAUGAAAGAUGCUAAUUAUGGUAACGACUGCGCCUAUAAUAAUUUGUGCCCCACCCCCCUUCCAGCUCCCCGUCAGUGUGCGCUUACCAACUGCAUUGUCGUUGUAACUUUUGUCUUUAUUAUCGUCAUCUCUCUUCAAAAAAUUUUGAUUCUCACACUUUGAUAAUAUUGAUUUCUCGUCUUAUGAAAAAAGAUCGUUAUAAUGACAAAUAAUUUUUACUGAUAUCUGAUGAGAUGACGAGCUAUAAUAUGGUGAUGUAAAAAUACUAAUAAUAAUGUAGCCAGUGACGCCAUACUGUAUGUAGCCAGUGACGUCAUAUUCUACCAUGUGACGUCAUAUUCUACCAAUUGACGUCAUAUUCUACCAAGUGACGUCAUAUUCUACCAAUUGACGUCAUAUUCUACCCAGUGACGUCAUAUUCUACCCAGUGACGUCAUAUUCUAGCCUCUGACGUCGUCGUACUGGAGUCACAACGUCAGAACACACCGUCGCAGCUCGCCGUUACGUCAUGGGGGGGAACUUCUCUGCAGACGAUCCGGACUGGUCCUAGCCUACCCGCGAGCUCUGACGUCACCAUGAUAGCGUCGAGCUGUUCCUGACGUCACUUCCUGUCCUGUCCAGGAGUUGCUACCCCCCGGAUGGGCGGG